UUGGUAGUUUCUAUCCUGGGGGUUGAGCGACUGCGGGCCAGCUCUUCCCCUACUCCCUCUCGGCUCCUUGUGGCCCAAAGGCCUAACCGGGGUCCGGCGGUCUGGCCUAGGGAUCUUCCCCAUUGCCCCUUUGGGGCGGGAUGGCUGCGAAAGAAGAGGACGAGGUGGAGUGGAUGGUGGAGAGCAUCGCGGGGUUCCUGCGAGGCCCAGACUGGUCCAUCCCCAUCUUGGACUUUGUGGAACAGAAAUGUGAAGUUAACUGCAAAGGAGGGCAUGUGGUAACUCCAGGAAGCCCAGAGCCGGUGAUUUUGGUGGCCUGUAUUCCCCUUGUUUUUGAUGAUGAAGAAGAAAGCAAAUUGACCUAUACAGAGAUUCAUCAGGAAUACAAAGAACUAGUUGAAAAGCUGUUAGAAGGUUACCUCAAAGAAAUUGGAAUUAAUGAAGAUCAAUUUCAAGAAGCAUGCACUUCUCCUCUUGCAAAGACCCAUAUAUCACAGGCCAUUUUGCAACCUGUGUUGGCAGCAGAAGAUUUUACUAUCUUUAAAGCAAUGAUGGUCCAGAAAAACAUUGAAAUGCAGCUGCAAGCCAUUCGAAUAAUUCAAGAGAGAAAUGGUGUAUUACCUUACUGCUUAACCUAUGGCUCUGAUGUGGUCAGUGACCUUGAACACGAAGAGAUGAAAAUCCUGAAGGAAGUUCUUAGAAAAUCAAAAGAGGAAUAUGACCAGGAAGAAGAAAGGAACAGGAAAAAACAGUUAUCAGAGGCUAAAACAGAAGAGCCCACAGUACAUUCCAGUGAAGCUGCAAUAAUGAAUAAUUCCCAAGGGGAUGCUGAACAUUUUGCACACCCACCCUCAGAAAUUAAAUUGCAUUUUGCUAAUCAGUCAAUAGAACCUUUGGGAAGAAAAGUGGAAAGGUCUGAAACUUCCUCCCUCCCACAAAAAGGCCUGAAAAUUCCUGGCUUAGAGCAUGCGAGCAUUGAAGGACCAAUAGCAAAUUUAUCAGUACUUGGAACAGAAGAACUUCGGCAACGAGAAGACUAUCUCAAGCAGAAGAGAGAUAAGUUGAUGUCCAUGAGAAAGGAUAUGAGGACUAAACUGAUACAAAAUAUGGAGCAGAAAGGAAAACCCACUGUGGAGGUAGAGGAAAUGACAGAGAAACCAGAAAUGACAGCAGAGGAGAAGCAAACAUUACUAAAGAGGAGAUUGCUUGCAGAGAAACUCAAAGAAGAAGUUAUUAAUAAGAAGUAAUAAUUAAGAACAAUUUAACAAAAUGAAGUUCAAAUUGUCUUAAAAAUAAAUUUAGUCCUUACACUGA